AUGGCAACGAGCAAACUUCAGCCAACACUUCCUACAGCACUCCCAGGCCUCAGAUUUAGUCUGGGAAUCAUGCACGUAUUUAUGGCUUUGAUCCACACGCCGGUGGACUGGCCGAUCUACAAGCGGGAUUGUCGUUGGAUAGUAGUGGUUCCGAGGAUGAUGGGUCUGAGAUUAGGAGUGAAGACGAACAUGCGAUGGGCAAGCACGAAGGAGGUAGUGUGUUGUGGAAGAUCUUGGAAGCAAGGAGCCAACUUCAGGAAACAUUACAAUCGUAAACAUAACCGUCGUCUGAAUUGCGUCUUCCAAAACGACUGCGGCUAUCUCGGGGCAGACAAGAAGGAACUUCAUCGUCACUACUGGGUAUCUCACAAGGACUAUGCUCGAGCGAACAAGAUCCCUGAUCCGAGUGGAACUUGCGAGGCUUGUGGGAAGUAUUUUAGUCGGAAGGAUCGUAUCCCCCGUCAUCUUUCACGGUCGCUUUCAUGCCGUACUAAGUUAGGGCUUAAGAAAUAG